AUGACGUUUCAGCUUUCGUUGCCCCUGAUACUUUCUGAUUCUUCUGGUACCAAAAAAUUGGGGAUAACUAUUACCUUUCUCAAAUAUCCCACCAGUUUCAUCAACUACCAGCAUGCAAUCUGUCACCACUCCAUGUACGCCAGCAAGCCACCUCAGGUUCAUACUCAUGUGCUCUUGAAAGCCUUAACUAUGACAUCAACAAUUUCCUUCUUCCUAGUGCUGGCCGUUAAACAAUCGUACUCAGUCGGCACAAUGAUCGCAAAGAAGUUAUCACUGAGAUUACCUUGUGCAUACUCCUGCCCAAAGACCCUAUCAGCAUCGAACUCUUUCUUAAUCCCGACUGACUUGACCGUGAUCCUCUCCUGCUCGACAGUAACCGGUGACUCAGUGUUCAAAAGCGGUCAGACCCGACAGAAGACCCCGACACUUCCUGGACGUUGCCCAAGCUCUAGAGCUCAGACUGGUGGGAAUCAAAAUCCAAGCUCUUUCACAUAA